UGCCCUGCCCUGCCCUGCAGCCAAGCUAAUUCACUAGUCACUUAUCUAUAGCCUCCAGAGUCCUGACUGUCCAAAACCGAAACAGUGACGUCUUCGAGUAGCUCUCUAUCUCUCUGGUAUGGCUGCUGCUCUGUCUGCCCCUCCAUUAAGAAGCUACUUCCGAUGCCCAUCUCCAUAUCAACAAGGCUUAAGAAGAACCCAUUUUCAUUCUUUAUCCAUUAGAGGCGCACAAUCUGCAGAACCAGAGAAAGUAGGAAAGGUUACCCAAACCAAAACUCAAGACUCUUCUGACUCCUCCACUAAUGCAAAACCUUCAACCACUGCUCCUAAAAAGCUUCCCAAGAAACCAGUUUAUUCAAUGAAGAAAGGUCAGAUUGUAAGGGUUGAUAAAGAGAAGUAUCUCAACAGUGUAAAUUAUUUAUCUGUUGGGCAUCCACCUUUUUACAAAGGAUUGGACUACAUUUACGAAGACCGUGGAGAGGUCUUGGAUUUAAGAAUAUUUGAGACAGGGGAGCAUGCACUUGUUGCAUGGGUUGGGGUCCCAACUGCACCAGCUUGGCUUCCAACAGAUAUGCUUAUCAAGUUAGUGACGAAUCUGCUGGGCCACUAACACUCAAGCUGAGGUCGAGUUCUGGAAGAAGAGUCGGGCUCAAGACCCAUCAGAGUCUACUAUCCAUCCAUCAGAGCCUACUAAAUAAGUUAACCCCACAGCACACCAUCUAAUCCACGGUUGAAGCAGGCCAGGCUGAUAGAGGGCUCAGACUCAUCACAUAGGAAAGUAAGGGAGCAAAUUCAGCUAUGCUGUAACUCUAUUAGCACGAGCACCGGAAGAAAAUUAAAUGACCUAUAGUGGGCAAGCAGGUACGCCCAUACGUACGGUGUACGGUUGACAGCGACAGGUGGCACUGUAGCAGGACGGUGGUUAUGCGUCACUAGAGAAUAAAAAAAAAAAAGAAAUAAAAGAGGGGAGCACGAUCUACUCAGACUAAGUUUUCUCAUAUACAGAAACUCUACCUUUUUUUGAAUAUCAGAUCAUCAGUUAUAAUUUUUUCAAACUGUUGCUUAGGUUGCUCAAUAACCUACUCCUAACAUUGAGUUCAAAUGCAUAAUUUAGAAGUUGGAUUUAUUUCAGUUUAGUUUAGUUUCUUCACUUAGUAAAUGAUACUGUUUAUCAUUCAGAAGCUGUUGGUUAUUAGCAGCUUGAUCAAAAUUUACUUCUUUCAAUCUUUAGAAAAUU